UCAUUUCUAGAUUUAUUGGAAGAUCUGAAAGACAGAAACGAAUUCGCCAAACCUUCAUUGUCAAUCGAAGAUCUGAUCGAACGAUGCUGAUGCUUCAGGAUAUCUCCGGCAUGAAGAGGUUCUCCUCAUACUCGGCUCCGAAACGGUUAGCAAUGUGAGCAUCGUGUAUUCACAGUCAGAGCUGCUUCAGAAAGAAGUUUUCCUUGUGGAGAUGAUAGAUUCAAUCUCCGUCCUACUUCGGAGAACAUUCAGAAGCUUCGAUACCAGCUUGCCAAUCCUAGAUUCGGAGAACACCAUCUGUUUUUUCUCCAAUCUGUUGGAAGGAUACUCAGAUUAGCACGAGGCUGUACAGCAAGUUCAGGAGUUUUAUGCAGACUUUGUUGCUGGUGAUCCGUAUCAUUUCACAUUGAAUAUGCCAUCAACCCACCUAUAUAUGCUCCCAGCAGUUGUCGAUCCCUCUGGUUUGCAACGCUACUCCGAUCGGGUUGUUGAUGGAAUUGCGGCUGUGUUUCUGGCUUUGAAACGUAGACCUGUCAUCAGAUACCAGAGGACCUCUGAUACUGCAAAAAAGGAUUGCACACGAAACAGCUAAAUUAAUGUAUCAACACAAAAGCGGUCUUUUCGACUUUAGACGGCUACCCCUUUGCCUGAUCAGUGGACAUAUCAGGCAAUGGUGCACGAACUCAUAGGACUUCAGGAUAAUAAAGUGGACUUGAGAUCCAUUGGAAGUCUUCCAAAAGAUCAGCAAGAGGUGGUUUUAUCAUCAGAACAAGAUGCAUUCUUCAAAUCUAACAUGUAUUUGGGGAUAUUGGAAAUGAACAUCAAGCGAAUGGUAGAUGACUUUCAGCAGGUGGCAAAAGAGUAACCAAAAUAUCCAGACAGUAGAGGAGAUGGCCAGAUUUGUUGACAACUACCCUGAGUACAAAAAAAUGCAAGGCAACGUCUCAAAGCAUGCAACCCUGGUUACUGAAAUGAGCAAGCUAGUUAAAGCAAGGAGACUGAUGCUGGUUUCACAAACAGAGCAGGACUUGGCUUGCAAUGGUGGCCAAGGAGCUGCAUAUGAGGCAGUUACUGAUCUCUUAAAUAACGAAAGUGUGUCUGACAUCGACCGGCUACGUUUGGUAAUGCUGUAUGCUCUGCGCUAUGAGAAAGAGAAUCCCGUUCAGUUGAUGCAACUGUUCAACAAAUUGGCUUCACGGUCUCCCAAGUACAAACCAGGGCUUGUUCAGUUUCUAUUGAAGCAAGCCGGUGUGGAGAAACGUACUGGUGAUCUAUUUGGAAACAGAGAUCUUAUGAAUAUAGCACGCAACAUGGCUCGUGGACUUAAGGGGGUUGAGAUGGACAGCAUAAUCAGAUGGAGAUUAUGAGAUGUGGACUACGGUCACUACCCUUUUGUUGGAGAUCCAUGAUAGACAUCUAAUCUCGAGUGCAGAUCUCCCUAUUACCUUUUGUUGUACUUCGAAGCUGUAUCGUUUUCUUAUUGGAUUGCUAGUUCCGUGAGUUAGAGAUAUGCAGACUCUAUCAUUGGUGCGGUGAAACUGUCUCGGAUCUAACGCGAUGAUGAGGAAAUUGGAUGAAUCGGUGUUGCGAGUUGAGAGAAUCCAUGAAUUUGGCGAUGGAUUUACUGGAGGUGUUAAGUUUCGCGAAGGUUAUGGAAGUCACCGAGUUUACAGAUAUGACGCGAGCUGGUUGCAGACUGCUUCGUCGGCGGUCUCCGUCUUCUCCGAUCAUUCUGAAUCGAUGUUUCGGAGCAAACGAAUGAGCAGUUUUCAUUCUCAGGUACAAGAUUCAUACCUGGAACAAAACCGGAGGAAUUUACCACUAGGUUAUCGAUCUGAGAAUGUUUUAGCUCUUGAUGAGAAUGUUCCGGAAAGUGUUACACCUAUGUUUGACGGAACUAAUCCAGAUUCUUGGAUUGAGGAAGUGGAGAGGUUCUUUCGCCUUUUUUGUGAUGAGGAAAGAAUGGGAUUGGUAUUUCUGUGUUUAAAAGGCCCUGCGUAUAGGUGGUUUGCUUGG